AUGUCUGCGCUCUCUAAUCUCUCGAUAGCUUCUAACGUGCUCCAAAUCGUCGGCUUUUCCGAUACGGUUUUUCAUGCUGGGAAAACUCUCUAUGAGCUCCUGGACAAGGCUCGAUCUGCAACAAAAAACAUUACAUUGCUGCUUCCCGAGCUCCAAGUAUUGCUUUCGAUCGUAGCUCUCGUUCAUGUGGUCAUCACCGAACAUGCAUCAUCACCGUUCGCACAAGAUGACGGGCAUACGCUGCCAAAUAUUCACACAAUCCUAACCCUCAUCGAGCAGGAUCUUCGGCACCUUAGGGGACUGCUAGGACAAUCUAUGCGAUCUGGAACCGAAGGCUGGUUUUCAUUACUUCAAAGCAAUAUUCGGUGGGCGCUGAAAGACCAUGACAUCACGGCUGCGAGAUACCGCCUUGCUCGGUACACUCAGAGCUUGAAUGCUGCAUUAUCUAUUACGGGAAGGCGACAUGAUAUUGUUUUACGAGCCAAACUUCAGCAUAUCGAAGACAGGGUACAAGCUAUCUCGUUAUGUAACCCACCGCGACUUCCAAGCUCUGGAAUAUAUACGCAAUCACCAAGCAACAAAUCAACCGUACGAGUACGUAGAAGACAAGUGAGAGUUACUAGGGCACCCAUUCAGUCUCGAAACUAUGCCCGGGGCGACAUUACCAAAGCGAGCUACGCUUCAACUCCUCUACAACGUCGAAAGAACGGCGUGAUCAUACCACACGCGGCCGUGGUAGAUGAGCCAUAUAUCUUACCCGCUGGCUACAUCUGUCCUAAGAUCAACGUUGUCCAGCAGGAAGACCAAACGCUCUUUAUUGAUACUGGCAACUAUGACCUUUAUCAAUUUACGAAACCUGCUAGCCUUCUCCGGGAUUUUCUCGCCGCGGCUUUUCACAAGAUGCGAGCCAGCCAUUUUUUCAGUAUUAGCGAUUCCCAAUUGGAGCAUUUGGAGAUGCUUCUUGACUGUUUGGUCGCGUCAGCGCAUACAGCAUCAGCGCAGAAUAUCGCCGAAAAGUACGACAACUGUUCAAAACUCAAGUCACUUAAACAAAGCCACCCUAUUAGGAAAUACAAAGACGCCAGAUUCCGACAACGAAGCAUGGAUUCUAGCAGCAGUAUGAAUAGAUCCUUGCCAUUUUAUCCCCAGGAAAAGAAAUUCAAACUCGAUACCAUCAUUGGUUUUGUCCAGGCAAGCAUUUUAUCCGCUAGGUCCUUCCGAAGUUCUAGAACACUAGCAGUCGUUCUCCAAUAUUACGGGAAUGAGGCACUCAAUCUCUUGCCUUUUGCGGUCGAAUUCGCGUCGUACGAACUCAUGAACUAUUUACAACCUACCCUUGUACCAACAAUGCACACAGCUGCGUACGAAUACUCGAAUAUAGUUCAACAGCACCUUCCUGAGCUAUCGAACUCUACUCGGAAACCUGUACAGUUUUCCCUUCACACCCUAAUAGCCUCACCAAGAUUUGUGAUGUACUCUGAAAAGUCCAAACUCAAAGACUUCCUGGCGAUAAGAGUGCGACUUCUUUAACGUCCAUUUGCAUUUUCUUUUUCAUUGACAUCGGGGGUGGUCUGAUAUAAUAGCCUUACUGUGGCGAUGAAUUACACGUCUAAUGCUGCUGCGAUUUUGGGUAACAAACAGAC